AUGAUUAUAGAAAAUCCUGAUGCAUUCAAAACAUGGUUGACGUCCAUAUUGGAACCUCUAUGCGACGCUGACCCAGCUGCGCUAGCUAAGUAUGUGUAUGCUUUAGUCAAGAAAGAUAAGCCACUGGAAGAGCUCCGUGAUGGUAUGCUGGACCAACUUGAUGUUUUCUUGCAACAAGAAACUAAACCGUUCGUAGACAUGCUUUUCAAAGCUCUCGAUAGCCAGGAGUAUCUCAAGCCUGUGGAGGUUGAAAAGAAGGAGCCAGAGCUGAUUGAAACAACAGAGGAUCAGAAUCCACCACUCCCUCAAGAUGAACUGCAGAUUGAAAAUCAUGUUGCUCCAGUCCCAGCAGAAGAGUGCCCUCAGAACCGUUCCCCAGUCCCAGCGGACGUCCGUGAACCUAUUCGUCAUCGCGUCGUGGUUCCACGACGACCCCCACACCAAGAACAUACGCUAGUCAAGGUCCUACCAACUGAACUUCUAGAAGAACCAGUGGAACCGCCCAGGCGGAGAGAUAGAAGGGGUGACUCACUCCGAGUCAAGGAUGACCGCAGGCGCCGCAGAUCGCGCUCUUGGGAGAGGCGGUCGCGGGCGAGACGGCACCCCCGCGACGAACACCCAGAUAGACGGUAUGAAAAGAGGAGGCCGUUAUCUCGCUCGCCGUCCCCCCGUGGCCGCUACAGGAACAGAAGCCCACCAUCUGCGGUGCUCGAUAGACAACCUAGCCGGUCUAGGUCAAGAUCCCCAAUGGCCGCGCGGGAACGCGAGUUGGAGCGCGAGAGAGAAAGAAUGCGUCCGGCCCGCGAGUUGGAGCGAGACAGAAUGUCGCGGGACAGAGAGCAUAGGGACCGUGUGUCUCGCUCUAGAGAUAGGGAUAGGUCCCGCGAUAGGUCACGCGAUAGAUCGAUCUCCCCCCACGGGGACAACAGAUUGGAACACACGGACACAUACAAGCGGAGGUGUAGAGAUUUCGAUGUUAAGGGCUACUGCAUGCGUGGCGACCUGUGCGAGUGGGACCACGGUGUGGACCCAGUCGUGUUGGAGGACGCGGCCUUGACUCGAGUGCUCGCUCUACCGCCCCCGGUGCCAGAAUACAAUCCAGCAACUCCUGAUAUUUGGGUGGGCGGCGGCUUUGCCGCGUUUCCACCCGCACCGCACCCUCCCCCCGCGCACCACCUUACGCCGCGGGAAUUAGUCCCCAUACCGAGAGUACGUCAUGAAAUACCGAGCGGCGCUGUUGUUCCGCCCAUACCGAGACACCCACCGCCGUCUAAGAAGAACUUUGACUAUAAUAGACUGGGUGGACCUCGCCCCCCACUACCGCCAAAAGCAGCGAAUUGCUCAUUGGAAGUUAAAAAAGUGCCCCACGGCUUAAACGACAUCACACACCUCAAUAACCAUUUUAGCAAGUUUGGAAAGAUUGUCAAUAUUCAGGUGUGCUUCGAAGGCGACCCAGAGGCGGCUCUUAUUACCUUCUCGAAUCCAACAGAAGCGAACGUAGCGUACAAGAGUACAGAAGCGGUGCUCAACAACCGGUUUAUAAAACUAUUUUGGCACAACCCUGAGAAUAAGCAACAAGAGAAUACAGCACCGGGCGGACAACAGAACAACAAACACGACAACAGACACAACAGCAAUCCUAUGUCGCACAACAAAGUGUACAUCAACAAGGACAACAUCAAAGCCAGUGAGCAGAACAAACAACAGUUGAAGGAAAAGGCUCUAUUAAAAGAGACGACAAACGGUGACACGGAAACAAAAGAAGCUCCGAAGCCAGCGGACAAGAGCAAGCAAGUAAUGGAGAUGCACAAACGUGCGCAAGCGCUGCUUCAGACGCAACUUUCUCAGCAGAAACUCCUCAUCAACAAACUUGAGAGUGGUAAUGUCAGCGAGCAGCAGAAAACAGCACUGAUGGAGGCGAUAAACGCUGCUCAGGAGGGUAUCGAGAAGCUGAGGAAGGAGCUGGUCGCUUACAAUGGCAUGAUGAAACAUUUACAGGAGGAGAAUGUGUCCCGCUCGAUGUCUCGGCUACAACUGAAUCAGGCGAACGUCAAGAAGCCUAAAACGGCAGCUGAAGCGCAAAAGGAGAUCUUGGACGCUGAAUUGGACAUUAUAACGAAACAACAGGAGGGACAAGACGUGACCGAGUUGGCGAAGAAAAUAGCUGAAAUGAGACGACAGAUGGCGCUGCAGUUUCCUACGCACGCUGGCGUCAGAAGAGUACAUUCUAGGGGUGGCCGUUUCAACCCUGCUAUGCGUUUUACCCGCAACGCGGCGACGCCAGCGCCCCCCAAGGCGUUCAGUGUGAACCAGUCGGUUGACCAUCGACCGCGGACGCUCCUCAUAUCCGGCUUCGAACCGGAUGACUUGGAGGCUGUUCAGACGCACUUUGCGAAAUUCGGCGAAAUAGUGGGCAAAGUCUUCAAUAUGUCCGUGCCCGAGCUUACCGUGCAGUACAAGAUUCGAGCCCAGGCUGAGAUGGCGAUGUUGCGUGGCCGUAACUAUAACGACAGAACGCUAAGUAUAACAUGGGUAGCAAAUAAUAAGCCUCUGACCGGUUCAGUGCCCAACGCCGCCCAGAACGGAGACGCCCAAGACAGUAGUAAGGAUAACCCGAACCAACAAGAGCAGUCGGAGGACUCGUUGCUCCGAUUCGACGAGGAAGACGAAGAUGACGCAGACGAGGACAGGUCGUGGCGACGUUGA